AUGCGAGAUAUGCCAUUGACGGGUGACAGCCAACAGAUGGAGCAGUACAGCACAGCAACGUCCUCGCAACCAGAAAUACACGAGGACAACACAUGGUUCUCGAGCGACAUCACAAUGCUCUGCGGCAGCAGUGGCGGCAGCAGUGGCGGCAGCAGCGGACGUAACUACCUUGCACAAACUGCAUCCUCCGACGAGUCUGGCAUGGAUGUCAUCCAACAUGGCCAGGACGAGGCUGAAGCCGGAUCUCAGGUCUCGACAUUUGCAAUGCCCAGCGUUAAAAGCGACUUGGAAAGCCAUUCCUGCCAAUACCCUGGCUGUUCCAUUGACCAAGCUUUGAAUAAUCUUGAAUGCCAGCCUGUGAUCUGGUGGUUCACAUGUGCACCUACUCCACAGCUUCUAAACAUGGUUCUGCAGGGACGAUCCGCCGGCUGCUCUGAGCAUGCGCGGAUUUCCUUCGGGGCACGCGCCUUCCCACACAAUGCCGAACAUUCCUGCCUACAGUCACACGGAGGGCCUCCGAUUGGCCACGAUACGCCCGGAGUUGUGUCCAGUAGAAUCUUUGAAUCAUGUUCCAGUGUCAAGGACGGCAUGCCGCAUGCCUCCACCUCGAGUCUCGGUAGUGCCAGCCACCAUCCCGCAACGGCAGUUCAAAUGCAGUCAUCCAGGUUGCGAGAGCUCCUUUAA